AAAAAGUGCCGUUGGCAAGACGCCCUGGAUUCCUUAGCGGCAAUACUCAGUUCCCUGUAUUGCAAAUCAAAGAAAUUUCUUGAAUCUGCGCCGCCAGUUUUCGCCAUAAAUGCAUUGACAGGGACGGUCUAGAUUGGAGAGCAUUCCUUUCUCACGUGAUCUCCGUCUUCUCUCGCGGCGCUAGCAUAUAUAAAUUCAGCUUUUCGUAUUCGCAAGCACCUCCUGCUGCUAAGGCUUAAGGAAUCUCAUUGCUUUUUCGUCGCCAUCUUUCUUUGAAAGCCAAAAAAAAAAAAAAACAACAACAACAACAAAAAAAGGAAGGAAAUUGGAUAGAAACCGUAGCACAAAAUGGAAUCUCAGGAUUCGCAGAUGAAGAUCGUCCAUGGAGACUUUGGUUACAUACUUGAGGACGUUCCUCACUUCAAUGACUACAUUCCUAGUCUUCCCACAUACCCAAAUCCGCUGCGAUCUAACCCAGCUUAUUCAGUUGUGAAGCAGUAUUUUGUCGACGUCGAUGACACUGUUCCUCAGAAGAUUGUCGUUCACAAGGAUAGUCCAAGGGGUGUACAUUUUCGACGUGCAGGACCCCGCCAAAAGGUAUAUUUCAAGUCAGAUGAUGUGCAUGCGUGCAUUGUUACAUGCGGUGGUCUUUGCCCUGGACUCAACACAGUGAUAAGGGAAAUAGUCUGUGGUCUAUCUCACAUGUACGGUGUCAGCAAAAUCCUUGGUAUAGAUGGGGGUUACAGAGGUUUCUACUCCAAGAACACCAUUACUUUAACACCCAAGGUGGUCAAUGAUAUACAUAAGCGUGGGGGUACCAUUCUUGGGACAUCACGAGGAGGGCAUGAUACUGCCAAGAUAGUUGACAGCAUACAGGAUCGUGGAAUUAACCAGGUUUACAUAAUUGGAGGAGAUGGAACCCAAAGAGGAGCAGCUGUGAUAUAUGAGGAAAUUAGAAGGCGGGGUCUCAAAGUAGCAAUUGCUGGAAUUCCUAAAACCAUAGAUAAUGACAUUCCGGUUAUUGACAAGUCCUUUGGUUUUGAUACUGCUGUUGAGGAGGCUCAACGUGCCAUUAAUGCAGCACAUGUUGAGGCUGAAAGUGCUGAGAAUGGGAUUGGCGUUGUAAAGCUAAUGGGACGCUACAGUGGUUUCAUUGCAAUGUAUGCUACUCUUGCUAGUAGAGAUGUGGACUGUUGUUUGAUUCCAGAGUCACCCUUCUACCUUGAGGGAAAGGGUGGACUUUUUGAAUUUAUUGAGAAAAGGCUAAAAGAAAAUGGACAUAUGGUCAUAGUCAUCGCUGAGGGAGCAGGACAAGAUGUUCUUACAGAAAGUAUGCAGGCUGCGAACCAGAAGGAUGCUUCUGGAAACAAACUGCUUCAAGAUGUUGGUCUAUGGAUAUCUCACAGGAUUAAGGAUCAUUUUGCAAAGCAAAAUAAGAUGUCUAUUACUCUCAAAUAUAUAGAUCCUACUUACAUGAUCCGGGCAAUUCCAAGCAAUGCAUCCGACAAUGUCUACUGCACACUUCUUGCUCAGAGUGCAGUUCAUGGUGCAAUGGCUGGGUAUACUGGAUUCACAGUUGGGCUGGUCAAUGGCAGACAUACCUAUAUUCCAUUCAAUAGAAUCACUGAGAGGCAGAACAAGGUUGUGAUAACAGACAGAAUGUGGGCAAGACUCCUUUCUUCGACCAACCAGCCGAGCUUUUUGAACCCCAAAGACGUUAAUGAAGCCAAAAAGGAAAAGCCGCCUCGUACUCAGUUGCUGGAUAGUGACAGCUGCGAAGAUGGACAACAAUCUGAAAAACAAGCUGACGGGAUUAAUGGGACAAAAAACUAAACCGUGGCUUGCUUAUCUGCUGUUGUAUUUGGUGGUAUCAUUUGGACCAGGACCGGCCGUGCCGGAAGCGUACAGUGAUGGAAGCUCUUCGAUUUGUUCUUAUUAUAGCUGUUGGUAUUUUAUCAAGGUCACUCCAGUCAUCAUCAAUGACACGGGAUAAUGCCACUGAAAAUGAGGUUUCCCAAAAUGACUAGUUACUGGAUCAUCACUUUUCUAUGGUGUUUGUUGGUGGUCGGUAGCAAGUGACUUGAAAGUUUCUAAUCUCGAUGGUUUUCAUUUUUGUUUUCUAUUAUUUAAUCAAAAAUCUCGACACAUGAACCAAAGUGAAAUGAGGUAAACAAGUGUGGUGAUUGUGUUUGGCUAAAGUUGACGAGUGAUUGUUUUGACUUACGCUUGAUAUAUUCAGGGGCUUCUUGAUUGACAAAUUUGAUAUGUAACUAUGAAGAUUGUGAAGGUGAUACUUGAAUUUAGAUGGUUAAUCAUUGACCUUUCAUGUGUAUGGGUACUUUGAAAGUAUGUAGUAAUUUUUUUCUUGGUUGAGUA